CGCGUCGCUGCAUUCACACAUCGUAGUGUCCCUAUAUUACCUCAACAAAAACAAAGCCAAAUAUGUGGGAUAUCAGCUUUUUAUUUUUCUCGAGGCGUGUCUUUGAUUUAAGCAGUCGAACAAAAAUCGCAAACUGAAUUCGCCUUUAUAUGCGUACGUUGUUGUGUACUCACUCAGGCAAGUGCAUCGCUUCCGACUGUCACGAGAGAUUCAUGGAUUGUUCAGUAGCCCACGGUAAAGAAGACUGCUCCUGCCCUUGGAAACACCGGAUGACUGACGUAUACGGUGCGACAUGCACAUUACGUCAGUAUUACUACACUGUCUCCUUCAAGCUCAACACCUCCCUUGAAUCUCAGAACUGUAGUGUCUACGCUCCACGCGUAAAAGCUGCGAUGAGAACGGCACUUGGUUACCAGGUGCAUGCGGUGACGAUUGCCAAUUGCACAGACAACAUCACGGCACGACUCAUUCUGAACGAUCCACUUCCAAAGCCGUUGCAAAAGAGACUUCAAGCGUGCGAACACCCGAUUGGAGACGUUUGCAUGCUUUAUCCGAUGCUUCCUAUUGUAAGAGGUUCAGCAACAGAAAUUGAGGAAGAAAACCUCUGCGAUAGUUUGCUGAAAGACCAGGAAAACGCCUACAACGGCGUGAACGAGUGCGUCAAGGCUGGCGAUAUCUUUUGGUUCAAGUGCAAACAGGGCUAUCGGGAGGUGAAGGUAAAGACACAGGGUCGCCUCAAGCGCUCCAUUUGCGAAGUUGACCCCGAGGCUCCCACACCACCACAGGGUAAGCAACACUUGUGCGUCGCUAAUAAAUGA